UCAACAAGUUCUCCAUCAAACAAGAGCUCACUGACUCCAGAAAUUUCAAUAAUUUUAAACAUUUCCAAAUUUCCACCAAGUUUACGUUGAAAAGAUAGAGCGGAACGACAACUGGACGAGCUGAACGUCUGUUGAAAAUUGGUCGCUAGCGGUGAAACUUCUCGCAGAACGAGGCGUUGCCAUUCGACGGGAUGGAGGUCAACCAGAAAAUGCUCAGAGGACAGAAAGCGCUCGUCCCCACAAAGGAGGAAGGGAAGAAAGUGUACCGUUUUCCUCCUCACUCCGUCCAACCACGGCCAACACCACGUGACGACAACCACGUGGCGUCCCCCUCACCCAACUGCAGAUUAUCAAACACAAAGAAAUUACCACGACUUAUCGGCAAUAAGAAAAUCUUCCCCUGCAAAACAUGCCUUCGUCCCUUCACCAACCCAACCAGUGCUCGCCGACACGCCUACACCCACCUCUACCCCCACGAGCUGGAGCAGUCUUCAUUUUUCCAUGAGAAAUGCCCCCACUGCGAAAACGUGUUCUACAUUCGUCGCGACUUUUUCGACCACGUGGCUGCGCACGAAGGUCGCAAGAACCACGCCUGCCCCAUCUGCAAACAGAAGUUCACCCACAAGUCACACUUAACCACGCAUCUCUUCGUCCACAUGAGCGGGGAGGAGCGCGCGGAGGUGCGGCGGGGCUGGCGACACGGCUGCUACUUCUGCACCAAACGAUUCAGAAUUUCGGCCCAUCUCAGUCGUCAUGUUGUCGUCCACAUGGGGGAAAAAUUGGGCGGAAGGUGCCCAACUUGUCGAAAAAGCUUCUCCUCCAAAGAAACCCUGACCAGUCAUCGUUUCGCCCACCUCAGCGAGGCCGAGAAGGUCGCCCUCGUGAAGCAGCGUGUAAGUCGAGUGUGCCUAUUUUGCCACAAAAUUUUCUCCAGCAACCGAACUUAUCAUGCGCACCUGGUCUCCCACACGAAAGAAAAACCUUUCCGCUGCGACCAGUGCGGGGAGCAGUUCAGCUUUAAAAGUAACUUAACCACGCACGCGCGCAUCCACAGCGCGGAUCCGCGACCAUUCCAGUGCACUGAAUGCGAUGAAGCCUUCACUCAAAAAGUAACUCUGGUUGCCCACAAGAAGACGGUUCACCGGAAGGUGAAGGACGUCACCUGUCCCGAGUGCCCCAAGAAGUUCGGGAGGAAAAGUGUCAUGGUGACACAUCUGAGGAAUAUUCAUGCCAAAAUCCGGCACCCUUGCCCCCACUGCGGUCACUCGUUCACGCAGAAAUCCAAUCUUGCGAGGCAUCUGAAGAAGAUUCAUCCCUCCGAGUAAAGUCCUUCGUUUGUCGACUGACCCCUUGUCAAAUUACGUGUAAUGUUUCCAUACUUUAGAUUUUUAUAUGUUCCCGAUGUCACCAUUUGUGACGAGAUAAUUAUUCUCGUAUGACUGAUAAAAAUGGAGUAAUUGAAUUAGUAAGAUGUAAACAUGACCCGAUUUUUGUUACGGUUUGACGAUUUUUAUGUAGUAAGGGAAUUCUAUUUUGUGUAAAACUCUGCUCGCUCCCAUUUUUCAAUGCGCCGACAAAAAUGCACCGCACGAAAUGACAACAACAUAUUUCACCGUGACGAGAAGAAGGGUCAGUUUGUGCAUCACACUUAACACAGGACAGGGCAUUCAUUAUUCGGGCAGGGCUCAGGUUGCGGGUUGCAUAUCUAAAAGGACCAAGAUGAACAAAUAAUUCUGCAACAGCAAGUCUCAAUUUGCAUAUUAUAAAAACCAUUCAAAAUAUAAAACUCUAAAAUUCCAGCUUAAUUUUCAUAUCGGUGGAAACUUCUGUUAGUUUAGAAAAUCAGGCAUUGUUUCUCUCCACCGGAAAUAAAACCAUGUUUCAGCCGGAGGAUGAGAGCAAAUCUAGCCACAUUAAUAAAUAAACGGGAAAGAUUUUGAAUACAUA